CGACGAUUUUCAACCUUUGGUCACCCACUUUCCCUCGAUUCCCACACACUUAUCCAACACCACCGACAAUCUCUAGACCAAAAUGGCGGACAACGAUGCCCAGCAUGAGCACACCUUCGAGAGCGCCGAUGCUGGCUCCUCGGCCACCUUCCCAAUGCAGUGCUCUGCUUUGAGGAAGAACGGCCACGUUGUCAUCAAGAACCGCCCAUGCAAGAUCGUCGACAUGUCCACCUCCAAGACCGGCAAGCACGGUCACGCCAAGGUCCACUUGGUCGCCAUUGAUAUCUUCACCGGCAAGAAGUUGGAAGAUCUGUCUCCAUCUACCCACAACAUGGACGUGCCAAACGUCAGCCGUCGCGAGUUCCAGCUUCUCGACGUCACUGACGAUGGCUUCCUCUCCCUCAUGUCUGAUGAUGGUAGCACCAAGGACGACGUCAAGGUCCCAGACGGAGAGGCUGGCGAGAAGAUUAACAAGCUCUUCAACGAGGAGGGCAAGGAUGUCAACGUCAUCAUUCUCACUGCCAUGGGUGAGGAGGCUUGCAUCGAUGCCAAGGAGGCUCCAAAGGGUUAAAUGAUUGAGAGACCAGAGUUGGAGACGCGCAGCGACCUGUCUGAAAUGCACGCGCUGCUGGGAUUUGAAAAAGUCAAGCAUUACUCACACGUGUUAUGUGAUGUAGCAUGAACGGUGUUGUAAAAGCGAAGAAGAUUCGCUAGGGAUAGUCGUGCUUUGGCUGAACGCCUUGGCGCUUCGGUCGAACGUAUUUAUGAGUAGACAUGACAAUGGACGAGGUCGCUGUGCCUGAACCAAG